CGCCCACGCGUGACAUCCGUCUGUUUGGUCUCGUGAUACUGCUGUAAUUGUUAGCAGUCAGGAGGAAACAUGGUGGUCUGGUAAAUUAUAUGUUAUUUUGUUAUAUGAGUACUCACUUUCGAUAGUCUAAUAAAUCCACGAUGUUAUCUCGACUACUGAAGGAGCACCAGGCGAAGCAAAAUGAACGGAAGGAGCUGCAGGAGAGACGCAGACGUGAAGCAAUUGCUGCAGCCACUUGUUUGACAGAAGCCCUGGUAGACCACCUCAACGUCGGAGUUGCACAGGCAUAUGUAAACCAACGUAAGCUUGACCAUGAGGUAAAGACUCUUCAAGUGCAGGCAAGCCAGUUCUCCAAACAAACUGCUCAGUGGAUCAGCAUGGUGGAGGGUUUCAAUCAGGCCUUAAAGGAAAUUGGUGAUGUAGAGAAUUGGGCACGCAGUAUUGAGAUGGACAUGAGGACAAUAGCCACAGCGCUGGAAUAUGUACACAAGGGUCAGCUUCAGUCUGCCUGCUCAUGAACCUUAAUGGUGUGUAUGUGUGGGACAUUUACAAGUGAAAUUGAAUAAACUGGAAUAAAACUUUAAUCUGCCCAGGUUGAUCCCAUCAGUAAAUGCGUGUUUUGUGAUUGUCAGCAAUUUUUAAUUUUUUUUUUCUUUUGUCUGCACUACCGCCUAAGUUUGCCAAGGCAGUUCAGAUGAACAUCAUAAUUCUGCUGGUUUAACAAUUAAAUGCACACAUUGUUACAUUCUUGUGUUAGCAACAAUAUGACAGCUUUAAACAGUAAGUGAUGUUGAAGGUGCUUGCAGAUCAAGCCUGGGUCUAAUGUGACAUGUAUUCAUGUAACAACAAGAAUGUGAGCAGUAGAUUAAAUAUUUGUUGAACGAGAAAGAAAAACUUGUGCAGACUUAGUUCACCCCUUUGUAACAGGUUUAAGGGGCCACAGACAUAAUAAACCCCAGUUACCUUUAAAUAGUAAAUCCUUUUCAGUGCCUGGUACCUAAAUUAUGUAUGUCUGAGUUUAAGUAUUACAUGGUUAUGCAGAGUAAUGUACUAUACUGUUUGUAUUGGGCUACAUAAUUUCAGAAGUUGUUAAUGAUGAAAUAAAGUUUUAAAAAGUG